CACAAGGGCCUGUCCAAAGACUUGAACAACUGUGUACGUGUCCUCGCGAGAUUCCGUAGUGAUCGUUUGAAUCCAUCCACAAGGAACCGGUCGGUCGGUGUUUCCAAUGGGAAGGGCAGAAGUCUGGAACGGAGAAGUAACUCGUUACAACGAACAACACAAAUGCCAUUUUGUGAUCAAUCCAUUUUAUUACCGAAGUGACAUCGGUGAAUCGUUGUAGUUCCAUUUCACCCCCUUUACGGGACAAACCGUGAGGUGGAUCUUUGUUUUUGAAACGGUAGUCCAGAACAGAUCCAGCCCUGUGGGCCAUACGAGACCAGACCUGGAGAGCAGGCCCAGGCCGCCACCAGAGACCACCACCAUGUCUUACCAGCCUGCGCCUGCUCCUUAACACCCUGUCCCCCCAGCCCCUCUCACCACCCCCCUCCCUCCCUGUGGAUGCCCCCCUGCCUGGUGGAGGAGGAGCCUCUGGUGGGGAGAUGAGCCUGCAGCAGCUGAGGGGGGAUCGGGGGGGUUCUGGGUCUGAGAGGGACCUCCACUCAGCAGCCUCCUCCAUCAGCCUGCCCUCCGUCAGGAAGGCCCCCAAGAAGAGACGCCUCUCCCUGCGCUCGCUGUUCAGCCGGCGCCACCGUGGGGAUCGAGACCCCAAGAGGAAAUCACAGGACUUACAGGGUGGCGGUGUGGAUGGGAUCGCCAGCGUGGAGAGCAUCCAUUCAGAGAUAUGUCAUGGAGACAAGACCUCGACGCACUCCGCCCCCGUUGUGGCCUCUUCCUCCUCUGAGUUCCUGGAGUGUCCUCUCUGUCUCCUCCGCCACGCCAGAGACCGUUUCCCUGACAUCAUGACCUGCCACCACCGCUCCUGUGCGGAUUGCCUGCGCCAGUACUUACGAAUAGAGAUCAGUGAGUCGCGCGUCAACAUCAGCUGUCCAGAGUGCUCUGAGCGAUUCAACCCCCACGACAUCCGCAUCAUCCUGGGAGACCAGCCCCUCAUGGAGAAGUACGAGGAGUUCAUGUUGAGACGAUGGCUGGUGGCCGACCCUGACUGCCGCUGGUGCCCCGCCCCCGACUGCGGGUAUGCAGUCAUUGCCUUUGGCUGUGCCAGCUGUCCUAAGAUCACGUGUGGGCGUGAGGGGUGUGGCACAGAGUUCUGUUACCACUGUAAACAGCUGUGGCACCCCAACCAGACGUGUGAUGCCGCCCGGCAGCAGAGAGCCCAGAGCCUGAGGCUACGCACCUUCCGUUCCUCAUCUCUCAACUACAGCCAGGAGAGUGGUGCUGCAGCUGAUGACAUCAAGCCGUGUCCUCGCUGCGCUGCUUACAUCAUCAAGAUGAACGACGGCAGCUGUAACCACAUGACCUGUGCCGUGUGCGGCUGUGAGUUCUGCUGGCUCUGCAUGAAGGAGAUCUCUGACCUGCACUACCUGAGCCCGUCAGGAUGUACCUUCUGGGGUAAGAAGCCAUGGAGCAGGAAGAAGAAGAUUCUGUGGCAGCUGGGCACGCUGGUGGGCGCACCGGUGGGCAUCGCUCUGAUCGCUGGCAUUGCCAUCCCCGCCAUGAUCAUAGGCAUCCCUGUCUACGUGGGGAGGAAGAUUCACAAUCGCUAUGAAGGAAAGGACAUCUCCAAACAUAAGAGGAACUUGGUGAUAGCAGGUGGCGUGACCUUAUCUGUCAUUGUCUCCCCCGUGGUGGCAGCAGUUACUGUUGGUAUCGGCGUGCCCAUCAUGCUGGCAUACGUCUACGGGGUGGUGCCCAUCUCUCUAUGUCGCAGCGGUGGGUGUGGCGUCUCCGCCGGUAACGGGAAAGGGGUCCGCAUCGAUUUUGAUGACGAGAAUGAGAUGAACGUCGGAAGUGCAGCGGCUGCAACUGACGCCACAUCGGUGGCAGAGACCAGACACAACCCCAGCAUUGGAGAGGGCAGUGUGGGGGGCAUGACAGGCAGUCUGAGUGCCAGCGGGAGCCACAUGGACCGGAUGGGCGCCAUGAGGGACAACCUGAGUGAGAAUGCCUCCACCAUGGCUCUGGCUGGGGCCAGCAUCACCGGAUCUCUGUCUGGCAGCGCCAUGGUCAACUGUUAUAACAGGUUGGAGGUCCAGGCUGACGUUCAGAAGGAGCAGGGUAGUCUGAGUGGAGAGUCGGCCAAUGUCAGCUUGGGGACCAUCAGUGACAACACUAGCACCAAAGCAAUGGCUGGAUCCAUUCUCAACUACAUGCCUCUGGACAGAGAGGGUAAUCUGGAGGUGGACAUGGAGGGGAAGCAGGAGAAGAAACUACAUCACCAUAGCAACAGCAGCAGCCUGGACGACGCCAACGGCGAGGGGAGAGGGGUUGGAGUGUGUCCCUCCGGCUGCCCCCAUGAGUCUCGCUCCUCCAAAUGGGUGAAGGACCCCUCUUCCUCGGGGGGCAAGAAGAGCAAGGGCAAGCUGAGGACUAAGAAGACCAGCGGAGGAACUAAGAUCCAGGAGACCCGUGAGGACAUGGAUGCUCAGCUCCUAGAGCAGCGCAGCACUAACUCCUCAGAGUUCGACUCCCUCAGCGGCUCCCUGCCCUCCGUAGCAGACUCCCACUGCAGCCACUUAUCAGAGUUUAGCUGCUCUGAUCCGGAGACCUCCAGACCUCCUCCUCUCACCCCCUGCUGCAUUGACCUCCACCCCCAGCGCCCCCUCACCUCCCUGGGAACAGACCUGGUCACCGUCACCGCCCUGCCGGAGGUGGAGAACGACCAUCUGGAGAACUGUCCCGCUGCAUCCUCCUCCUCACCUUCCUCCGCGGCCCCCGUCUACACAGAAGGAGGGGUAGGAGGAGGUAUGCUCCUCUACAUCGCCGAGGAGAGCUUAGGGCUGAUGAGGACGACGCAGGAGGAGCUGGACUCCCUCGCGGUGGAGGAGGUCCUGAAGGAGACCAAUAACAACAUGUUGGACGGAGGUGUCGUAUCCCAGCAGCCUUCCAGCCCUGUGAGGAGUGGCUGCAUUCAGACUGAGAUAUAAACUCUCCUGGCUGGCUGGCUGACUGACUGGCUGGCUGACUCCAGGGCUACUACUACAGACUGACCUAAUAUUUAUGCCAGCUUUUUUCACAGCUAGCCUGAAAUCCACUUCUGUUUACUGAGUGGGCAAGCUCGUUUUACAGAAGAGUAGAGAGAAAGACAGGACAGCAGAGGAGGAGAGGUGUUUUAUCCAUGUCUGCUAAUAUGAAAGAUAAAAUAAUGUGAUGGUUGAGGGUAGACUGGGUGGUGAUACAUGUGGAGGGAUAAGGUAGACUGGGUGGUGAUACAUGUGGAGGGAUAAGGUAGACUGGGUGGUGAUACAUGUGGAGGGAUAAGGUAGACUGGGUGGUGAUACAUGUGGAGGGAUAAGGUAGACUGGGUGGUGAUACAUGUGGAGGGAUAAGGUAGACUGGGUGGUGAUACAUGUGGAGGGAUAAGGUAGACUGGGUGGUGAUACAUGUGGAGGGAUAAGGUAGACUGGGUGGUGAUACAUGUGGAGGGAUAAGGUAGACUGGGUGGUGAUACAUGUGGAGGGAUAAGGUAGACUGGGUGGUGAUACAUGUGGAGGGAUAAGGUAGACUGGGUGGUGAUACAUGUGGAGGGAUAAGGUAGACUGGGUGGUGAUACAGGUGGAGGGAUAAGGUAGACUGGGUGGUGAUACAGGUGGAGGGAUAAGGUAGACUGGGUGGUGAUACAUGUGGAGGGAUAAGGUAGACUGGGUGGUGAUACAUGUGGAGGGAUAAGGUAGACUGGGUGGUGAUACAGGUGGAGGGAUAAGGUAGACUGGGUGGUGAUACAGGUGGAGGGAUAAGGUAGACUGGGUGGUGAUACAGGUGGAGGGAUAAGGUAGACUGGGUGGUGAUACAGGUGGAGGGAUAAGGUAGACUGGGUGGUGAUACAUGUGGAGGGAUAAGGUAGACUGGGUUGUGAUACAUGUGGAGGGACAAGGUAGACUGGAAUAAGGUAGACUGGGUGGUGGUACAGGUGGAGGGAUAAGGUAGACUGGGUGGUGAUACAGGUGGAGGGAUAAGGUAGACUGGGUGGUGAUACAUGUGGAGGGAUAAGGUAGACUGGGUGGUGAUACAUGUGGAGGGAUAAGGUAGACUGGGUGGUGAUACAUGUGGAGGGAUAAGGUAGACUGGGUGGUGAUACAGGUGGAGGAAUAAGGUAGACUGGGUGGUGAUACAGGUGGAGGGAUAAGGUAGACUGGGUGGUGAUACAUGUGGAGGGAUAAGGUAGACUGGGUGGUGAUACAUGUGGAGGGAUAAGGUAGACUGGGUGGUGAUACAUGUGGAGGGAUAAGGUAGACUGGGUGGUGAUACAUGUGGAGGGAUAAGGUAGACUGGGUGGUGAUACAUGUGGAGGGAUAAGGUAGACUGGGUGGCGAUACAUGUGGAGGGAUAAGGUAGACUGGGUUGUGAUACAUGUGGAGGGACAAGGUAGACUGGAAUAAGGUAGACUGGGUGGUGGUACAGGUGGAGGAAUAAGGUAGACUGGGUAGUGAUACAGGUGGAGGAAUAAGGUAGACUGGGUGGUGAUACAGGUGGAGGAAUAAGGUAGACUGGUUGGUGAUACAGGUGGAGGAAUAAGGUAGACUGGUUGGUGAUACAGGUGGAGGAAUAAGGUAGACUGGUUGGUGAUACAGGUGGAGGAAUAAGUUAGACUGGGUGGUGGUACAGGUGGAGGAAUAAGGUAGGCUGGGUGGUGAUACAGGUGGAGGGAUAAGGUAGACAGGCUAUAGGGAGGGAGAAAGCUUUCCUACUGGUUUAAGGGUUUUAUUCAUAUAGAAGAGAUGUUGGCAGUCUGGAUGGGAAGUCUUGAUUAAAUCUCAUGUCCGGAGUGUUUUUGGUCGGUGGUAACAUUUAGAUGGCCCAAGGCGCAUGGAAAGUUCCAGUUAAAUGUACGGGGACAGAGUACGAGGUGUAUGGCAGGUGUAUCAGUGGGGUGAUGAUGUAGCAGUGUUCUAUACUAGCCUUCACAUGGGGGACAGAUUCUCCAGAAGGCCACACGACUGUCCAUCCAGGAAGCUCCUAUGGAUCCGACUCAAAACGAACCCCGUCUCAGGUGGCAUCAUAUUCACCAUGUACUGCGUUACUAGAUGAGUAGGGUUCCAUUUGAGACAGACUUCUAUGUCUGUGGUGAACAGCCAGCCAGUCGCAUCACACCGCAGCAGAAAGGAUUGUCAAGCUUCAGUUAUAAUAUAAACCGGUCAGAGAAAAGGUCAAACUGACCUAAGAGGGACCAGUCAAUAAGUCAUUUUUAUUUUUUCCAUGAUUCUAUAAAAAAAAUGAAUAUUACUUUUAAGAUGUUGAUGAAUAUUGUUUUGUAGUUUUAGUAUUUUCCAUGUUGAGCCCUGUGAGGUCAGAUCCUGUGUUAGGGGAGGCCAGGGGGGGUUAGGGUGAGCAGAGUGAAGAAAGAGUCAACUAAUUUAACCCUUUGUCUUCUUAAACAACACAGAUUUUAACUGUCAGGAUUGGAUUUACAAUAUAAGUAAAUAUUCCAGAAAGAAUCAGGCCUCAGAGUUGAGCUGGCCCAUCAGUAGGAGGACAACAGCGGUCGUUUGGUAUAAAGGGAGCGAUAAGAGGUUGACUCUCUUUUCAUUCUGUUAUAGAUCUACAUCACUUCUAAUUAAAAGGCUAUGGUGAUUUAA